AUGGUAGACAUUUGUGAAGAAGUAUCAAUACACCAGACGGCAUCAGGAUUGAAUAAGACUGAAAGAAUCAAAUCGAAAACGGAACAGGAAUUGAGAAUUCAGGCUAGUUCAUUUAAUCAUUCGAAUAAGGAAUACCCUUCACGACAUUCUCAUACAGGAAGAGAUACUGCAAGAUCUGAAACUGUUGAAAAUGCAACACAUGAAGCAAAUGAUGACGAAGAAGAGUCAGAAUUCAAAUAUGGCGCACAGCAUGUUAUUCACCUAUUUGUUCCAGUUUCCAUUUGCAUGGUGUUUGUUAUAUUUACAAUGAACACCGUUGGUUAUUACACUCGCAAAGAUGGCCAAUAUUUAAUUUACACUCCAUUUACCAAAGAAACUGAUAACACAGGUGAAAAAUUAAUAAUGUCAUUCGGAAACGCGUUCAUUAUUUUGGGAGUCGUGGUGACGAUGACUGUUUUAUUAAUAUUUCUUUACAAAUUUCGAUUUUAUCGGGUCAUUAGUGCGUGGUUGAUACUGAGCAGUCUGAUAUUACUGUCUCUUUUCACAUUUAUGUACUUGCAAGAAGUCUUUAAAAGUUACAAUGUACCAGUUGAUUAUAUAUUAAUUUGUAUUUUUAUUUGGAAUUAUGGUGUAAUGGGAAUGAUUUGCAUCCAUUGGAAAGGUCCUUUAAGAAUGCAGCAGGGCUACUUAAUAAUGAUGUCAGCACUGAUGGCCCUCAUUUUCAUCAAAUAUUUACCAGAGUGGACAGUAUGGACUGUUCUUGCCGUAAUUUCUAUUUGGGAUCUUGUUGCUGUACUUUGUCCAAAGGGACCAUUACGGAUACUUGUCGAAACUGCUCAAGAACGAAAUGAACCGAUAUUUCCAGCACUUAUUUAUUCCUCUGGUUUGCUUUACGCGUACACAUUAAUUGGCACUGCGAUGAUGGAACAAGAUACUUCAUGUGUUACAGGAAAUACUCAGUCGGAGUCUGGUAAUCCUGGAAGUUCUACCGGUUCAACGAACGGUUCACUACCAUCAACGGCUGAGUUACUCCCGGCUAAUGAUGCAAACGAAAAGCGAGGAUUCCCUCAGGGAAAGAUCAUACGACGAUUUGCUCCGACACGUACUACCAAUGAUCAAGGCGUUGAAAAUGCUGGCUUGAAUACAGAGCAGUCAGACAAUAAUUCCAAAAAUAUCGGAAAGGGUCGAACCGCUGCAUCAUUUAAUAAGGGUGGCGAAAGUGGUGGAACACAAAGGGUAACCGUUCAAAACACUGAAGUAAAUCCGGCUGGACUGCAGAAUGGAAGAUUUCCAGAUGAAAAAGGUAUCAAGCUUGGCUUAGGUGAUUUUAUCUUCUACAGUGUAUUGGUUGGAAAAGCAAGUAGUUAUGGUGAUUGGAAUACAACAGUAGCUUGCUAUGUUGCAAUUCUUAUUGGUUUAUGUUUCACACUGAUACUGUUGGCUGUAUUCCGUAAAGCUUUACCAGCUCUUCCGAUUUCAGUUUUUUGCGGAUUAAUCUUUUACUUUUGUACACGUGGAAUUAUCACACCAUUUUGUACCAGUUUGAGCUUACGACAUUUGAUAUAUUAA